GCGGCGGCGGGGCCAUGAAGGUGAAGAAGAGCGGCGGGGCCGGGGCGGCGGCGGCCAGGACCGAGGAGGAGCUGGGCCGAAAGGCGCUCAUCGGGCCCGACGACGUGCUGGGGCUGCAGCGGGUCACCAGCGAUUAUUUGUGCACUCCAGAGGAAAAUGUUUACAAGAUAGACUUCACCAGGUUCAAAAUCCGGGACAUGGAGUCUGGCACGGUCUUGUUUGAAAUCACCAAGCCAGCAGCUUCAGAGCGGGAGCACAAUGACAGGAAGGACGUGGACCCCAACGCCGGCCGCUUCGUGCGCUAUCAGUUCACCCCGGCCUUUCUCAGACUGCGGCAAGUGGGAGCCACGGUGGAAUUCACAGUAGGGGACAAACCCAUUAAUAAUUUCCGUAUGAUUGAGAGGCACUACUUCCGUGACCAGCUGCUGAAAAGUUUUGAUUUUGAAUUUGGCUUCUGCAUCCCCAGCAGUAAAAAUACUUGUGAGCACAUCUAUGAAUUCCCCCAGCUCUCGGAGGAUCUCAUUCGAGAGAUGAUCCUGCAUCCCUACGAGACACAGUCGGACAGUUUCUACUUUGUAGACAACAAGCUGGUGAUGCACAACAAGGCAGAUUAUUCAUACAGUGGAGGACCUUGAGCGUGGGCUGGACGGCCCCAGCUGCGCUGGCCUCCCCUUCCCUCUGGAAGUCGUCAGGGAUCCCAACACCUCCAGCUCCGCUGCCUGCAAUGUCACCUGGACAAGGACCCACCAACCAAGGACUCUUUGCCUCAGUAGGAGUUUCAUGACAUCUCUUUUGAGCUUUGAAGCAGUCCUCCAGAAGUUUUAAGCUAAAAUGAUCUUUGGAUACCACUUCCCUAAGUUCGUAAAAGCGUCUGCUUUGAAAAUGGCCUUGUGGGACCUGAGGGGUUUUGCCCUAAUUCUGUGAAGUUAUGUUCUUGCCCUCGAGUAUCUUUUAGGAUCGCUUUCCCAAAGAAUGUAAUCAGAGAAACCAUGGGAGUGGAUGGAUGCAAAGGCAGAGGUUUGGGUGGUUGUUUCUCUUUGUGAAUGCUUCAAAGGCCAAUUUAACUUGUCCAGCCUGUUGAAAAUAUCGAGCAAAACAUCUCACAGAGGCAAGUUUCAUCUUCAGAUUGGCUGUCUCCAUGAGUAUUUCAUCCUUUAGUUUCCAUCCUUUGGUAUAAUGUUCUGUUUAACCUUGGAAGCACCAAAACCUGCAAUGAGGAGCAGUGGUUCUGUGACAGAGCGGUGUUAAUUGGGUGUUUUUACAUUUACAUUCCCUUUACAUUUCAGAUGAAGGUAGAAUGGCACCGUGGGUCUAUGAACCUCCAUAAGUACAUUCCAUUCAUUUCAGGUUUUUUGCAGAAUAUUCGGGGAAAACAGAAGGAUUCUUGCUUUAUUCCACAGUCAGCCUUUUCAUGCCACACAUUUCCCAUGUCUACUUUCUUUCAUCUCUGCUCGAUACCAAGAUAAGGACUUCAGCACUGCUUGUCAGACCAACGUUUUAAUUGUCUAGGGCAGCUGGGGAGUGUGGAAUUUCCAAUUUUCUACUUGCAUCUGCAUUUAGAGGAGGUUAAGACAGCAUUUCCCCUUUGUUAAAAACGUUUCUCAUCAGAUAGUAAUACAGGUGAAACUAAACCUAAUAAUCGACAACUUUAACACGCAGCAAAAAAAUUUAGCACAAGUUCUCUCUUCAGACUCUGGGAGAUGUUUAACACCAAUUUAGCCCAAGAAAUAGCAACACCAAGAAUAAACUAGUGUGGGGUGACCUGUUGUCAUGAAACCCUUACUCUGAAGGUCAGUUCGCUGAUACUAAAAAAAAAAAAAAAAAACCCAAACAAAAAAACCAACAAAAAUAAAAGACAGUUGCAGUCUGUAGAUAUUUCUAUAAAUACUUGAUGUCUCCAUGUCUGUUUCUGUGAGUUGAAGUGGAACAUUCUAUGUUAGCUUCAGAUAGGUGUAAUAAUUGUAAUAAUUUUUAUAAAAAUCCCAUUUCCAGUCGUGAUGAGCAUCUCUGUAGUCGCAGCCUACGUCAGACAGGACCACAAAAAAUUCCAAGCGUAGCCUAAGGACAGGGAGGUUUUUGUGCUCUUGUUGAGGUUGUGGUCACUUUUCGAUGUGUCACCAUUUGUAUUUGGCUUGGCUUUAUUGACUGCUGAGACAGGAGGCAGUUUGUUGCUUUUUUUUUUUUUUUUUUUUUAAAAACACGGUGAUUUUAGGUUACAGCUCAGUUUUUAUUAAGCUUGGUAGCUACAAAAGUGUGUCAAGUUCACUGAUUUUACACAAGUAGUAGCUUGUAGUAAUUCUUAGCACGGUGAGACUUGUAUUUAUCACUAUUUUUUGUCUCUAGUGUGUUAAAUCAUACAAGUAGCCUACAGCUGACUGAUCAGUUUGAGGGAUACAAAGGAUUUCCUCAUUAUUUGUGCAGUACCUUGAGCUACUGACCAUUAUAGCACAAUAAUUACUAAAGAUAAAAAUAGUUUCAAAAAUGGUUUCAUUCCUCCCCCACCUUUUUUUUUGUUUUUGUUUUUAAUCAGGGCUGUUAAAUCAUACAUCCAAUGACAUUUUGCAAGUUUUAAGUAUUUCUGGGUUUUGUUUCAAUUUGCAGGAGAAAAAAAUGUUAAUUUAAAGACAAAAUAGAGUGUAUGUUAAUAAUUACCAUCCUGUACAGGGUUUUGGGGGGAUUAUUUUUUCACCUGUUGUUCAUAACAGUCACUUCUGUGCAUAAGAUUUUUCAAAGACUUUUAGGAAUGGAAUUUGCCCAGAAUUGCCAGUCAUCUAUUUAAUAGGUUGUGAUGAGAUCAAUUAUACUUUGGUGUGGACUCUUGGGUCAUUUGAUGGAGUUUCCUCUGAAACAGUCAUGUUCUGCUCCUUUUUUAUGCUAUCUCCUUUCAAGACUUACAAAAAAAAGAAGUAAUUCCAUAAAAAUUUUACUGGAAUCAAAGGAAAUUUGAGUGGUAGAUAUGCCCCUUAUAAGAGAACCAAGAGAAAGUCGCCGUGUUCCCAGGGGUGCAGAGUGUGGAUGGAAUUUCUGACAUUUUUCUAGGGUAGGUUUGAGGUUAAACACAAGAGGAUGAAUUAUCAGCUGCUCCUCUCCUGAAAUCUUUUAUAAUUCAGAUUAUAUAUGUAAUAAUUCCAGCCUCACAGAAAAUAUAGUGUGAAUCAUACGGGAGAUACUACACGAUAUUACACCGAGUUUGUUGGCUGAUAUUAGGAAUAUUUUAAGCCAGGAAUAAAGAUUGGACAUUUUCAAUAAAAUCAAUUUCAACCAAUUUUAGCUUUAGCUUUUCAGUUGGGACAAUUUUACUGUUAUUAAAAAUCCCCAGAGUUUGCCACAAGUAACAAAUUCAGAUCCCUAAACCAAGGCAAACGGCAGAACUUUCUGUGGGGAUUGCAAUGAAGGUGCUUUGUUCUGUGUCCCACUGAGGCAGUUUAUCCCUGUUAUCUCUCUGUUUCCCUUGGGAGCUCUUUGUUAGCAUUUCCUCAAGGUCACCCACAUCCACAAUCUUUACAAACACGUGGGAAUCACUGUCCAGGAGAGAGGUUCUGGUCCUUUCCCACCUGCUCGUGCAGCAGCAUUAUGUGUGGUGUUGACAUGAGACACAAGCAGCACUGAAAGAAUGUUUCUGCAAAAAACUUCGGCUGUAGAAUUGCUGUUUUAAUGCUGCUUCUCUCUUAGUUUUGUUUAAAAACCGCCGUCAAAAUUUCGCGUUAAAGACCAAACUUUGUGCGGCACCCACUAAUUUCAACUUCCUUCUGAAAGGAAGCCGAGUUUGCUGCCCCGUUGUGAAAGCCACAUUUUUUCCCCCUUAAAUUGGCAGCUGAUUCUUAUUAUAAACCAGUUGAGAAUGAAGUCUUAGCAGCAUUGUUCACAGAAGAAUUUGUUAAUCUUCUUGGCUAGCUAUUAUUUUGUAUUUUAACAUUCAUCAUUAUUGGGUUUACUUUGGAAGUUCAUUGCCAAAUUACCAAAUAUUGGCUCUGGGAUAAAAAGAAUUGUAUUUUCUUCCUUGAUCUCAUUUUAUACAUGACUUUAAUUAGCACUACAGCUCUGUUUUAACAAGCCAGCCUGGCAGUUUGGGAUCUGAUUUUCUGAAAGUGAAAGAAAACAUCCAAGAGCUAACCAAGAUUACCUGCUAAUAAUGCCCGGCUGUUUCCUGUCAUAAAACAGGAUUAAGUGUGUGCUUUACACAGUGACUUAAUCCUGAAAAAAGGAACUAAGUCUCUCUGAGUGCUAAUAGUGACAUAAUUUUUCUGAGAGACAGGGAAAUUACAGCUCAACACAUUCUUUCAGGGAAAUUAUAAUUUGACAUGUAUUUUCACUUUGUCAAUCUUGGAUUCCUUUAGUAGUCAGGGUUUUUAAGAAAAGCAGCAAUACAUUUGUGGUGAGCUGCAUGCUCUAAUAACUCACACUUCCGUGGCAGGGAGAGAAGAUCCAUUUCUUUUUAGAAUUAACACAUCAGCUGUGGUUGAAAAAUCCAGAAACUUUGCUCUCAGUUCAGCGGCAAAAGCCAAAAUUGUUUCUGUGAAUUAUCCGUUACGUGGUGACAUUUCUGAAUGUUCCACCCUUCCUGACUCAGAAGAAUCUAUUUAUUUAUUUAUUUUAAUGUAGAAAGUCUCUCCAGGGUUGAAAACAAUCUGCUGGGGUUUAGUUCUUGCUCAUAAAUCUCUCUCUAUGUCUUGAUUUUUUUUUUUUUUUUUUUUUUUUUUCUGAGCAGGUCGGUAAGAUGCUCUAUUUUCCACCUCUGUCCUCUGAGUUUUAUUCCAAAAUCUUGCGUUGUGUCACAGUGGUGGCUGGCUGUGUGUGAAACAUGCAGGCUACCAACUUCCAAAUCCCUUCAGUUUGAGGAAAAAAACCUGUUAAAGUAUAUUGAGAAUUAUCCUACAUAUCGACCCAUAAAAAAGAAACCCCAGUCUUCAUGACAAAAGUUAAAGGGAACUCUUAGUCAUGCAAAGACUGGGGCUGUUUAAGGUAAGGAAACGCUAAUACCCAACUGUCAUAUUUAAUAAGUAUUAUAAAAAUGCUCUAUUAAUUAUUCAUUACCUGGAAAAGAUGGUUAACAGCUCAGUUUUAAUUAGAUCUGGUUAGGAAGGAAACCAUAGGAAUCAUGGCUGUCGUUUGGGGCUGUGGGGCAGCAGCUGGAAACGUGUGUAUGGCACAAAUUUUGGGCAGGUUUGUGUGCAUUUAGGGGGGAAAGGUGAGGGGAAGGAGGACAAGGACAGAAAAAAGAAUUAAUUUCAGCUGUUUGGACCCAAGAGCUUCAAGGCCAUGGUGACUGACUCAAUUUUCUCUUGAGUUUGAGGCAGCUGGGAGCUCCUGCUCAUGGUUCUUCUCUCUACCCCCAGCGUGAACACUGCCUGAAUUUAUAGAGGCUUUUCAGUGUUGAUGUGAAAUACCAUAGAGAGUUCAUAUCAUUUAAUCUACGUGGAAAUUCCCGAUUUAUUUGAGGGGUGUGAUGCUCCAGGUCUCACCUCGCAGCUCAGUUGUUCUCCCCAUCACUGGUCAGUGGGUGAAAUGGUGUUUGUGUGUCUGCAGCCCCCCCCAAACCCCCUGCACUCCUGCCUGCUCUGGUGUCUGCUUGUGUCUUAAUGCACCCAGCAAACCUGUUUGAAUGUGACUGUUUUGUUUUGUUUUCUGUUUUUUUCUUUUUUUUUUCCUUGGCAUAGAAACAGAAUUGUCUGUAUUAAAAUGUAUUUAUAAAAAAAUAUAUAUAUAUCUAUUUUUUGUGGAAGGAAAGUAGGAUUCUGGUUACUAUACCACUGGGAAAACGUUAGGAGCAUUUUUACCGAGUUAAUUUCGAAUUCUUUGUACCUUGGUAGUGAUUUGUUUGCUAGGAGAACACCCACUGUGGCCCAUCCUGUGGCAAUGCAAUGCACUGUCAUGCAGAGAAUCUGGUUUUCAGAAGACUGGGAGUCUUUUGUUUCCUUUUUGGGACAGGAGGGAACUGAGGAAAUCACCAGGAAUAGAAGGAACCUUGGCACGGAAUCCGUUCUGUGGCUUUGGCUUCAGCCUGUUUGACUUUUUGCAGAUUAAGUAGAGAGAGAGAGAGAGAGAAAAGUUUGAGACUUCAGGAUAGGGAGAAAAAAAAAAAAAAAAAAAGAAAAUUAGAUGCUCUAAUUUAGUCUUCCUGUAGGAGAAGGAGAGUCCUUAAAUUAAUUUAUACAAGGUUUAAAUGGGGACUGCACUUGCUUCAAUUGAUUUAAUAUUGGCAGCUUAGUCAUUGAUGUGCAUCCUAGGGAAUAUGCUUAACUUUUUCCAUUACCUUGGAAAAUGGUUCAAAGACAUGUCACUUCCAUUAGCAAGUGUUUCUUCUCCUGUAACAAAUUGCAAAAUGUUAAAAAAAAAAAAAAAGAGAAAUAAAUUAUUGAUCCUAGAAACAA